AUGGCACUACGGCAGCAUUCUGACAAGGAGCCGAGCAUUGAGUUAUUUGUUAAGGCCGGCCAUGAUGGCGAGAACGUGGGCAACUGUCCUUUCUGCCAGAGGCUCUUCAUGGUACUGUGGCUGAAAGGAGUCAAGUUCACUGUGACCACUGUUGAUAUGAGGAAGAAGCCCGCUGAGCUGAAGGAUCUAGCACCUGGUACCAACCCGCCUUUCCUGCUCUAUAACGGCACCCUCAAAACAGAUUUCAUCAAAAUUGAGGAGUUUCUCGAGCAAACUCUGGCACCUCCAAGUUAUCCUCACCUCAGCCCACUAAACAAAGAGUCUUUCGACGUGGGUGCUGACAUUUUUGCAAAGUUCUCCGCCUUCAUCAAGAACACUCCAAAUAAUGCCUUUCAGGAGAAAAACCUGCUGCGUGAGUUCAAGCGUCUGGACGAUUACCUGAACUCUCCCCUGCCCGAGGAGAUCGACCACAACUCAAGGGAAGCGGUCGACGUCUCCAAGAGGAAGUUUCUCGACGGGGACCGCCUCACCUUAGCGGACUGCAACCUUCUCCCCAAACUGCAUGUCAUCCGGGUGGCGUCCAAGAAGUACUGCAACUUUGAGAUCCCAGCCCAGUUCACAGGAGUUUGGCGAUACCUGCACAAUGCUUACGAGCGAGAGGAGUUCAAACAGACGUGUCCGGCCGAAAUCGAGAUCGAGAAAGCUUACUUCGGAGUUGCCGAUAAGAGGAAAUAA